AUGAAGCUUACCAGUCACGGCACCAGUCCAAAGCAACAGCUCCAGGCGAGACUCGCACGAUGCGAAGAACUCCUGGCCAAAUAUGCUGCUGCUAGUAAAGAACCCCUAGACCACGAGAGCACCAUAGCACCGCCUCAAGCAUCCAGUAUUCCUUUCUAUGAAAACAAUCAGAUCAAUUGGAAACCCGCUGGCAAGGUGAUUGUCGAAGAUGGCUCUGUUCGAUUCAUUGACAACUUCCUCUGGGCAACGUUGCGUGGGAUGAAAGAGCUCGUAGAAAAGGAGGAUGAGGGGCAAGAGCCUGAGCCACAGCAUGAAUGGGACCCUGGAGCUUCCAUGCCCGACUACAGCGAUUACUUGCUUGUAGGCGGCGAUUCUCCUGCUGAUCAGCACCCCGACGAUUUGUAUCCCACCGCGAGUCAAAUCUUUCGGCUCUGGCAGACCUUCUUGGAAAGGGUGAAUUCCCUAACGAAAAUCGUACAUGCCCCAACUUUACAGCCAUUUGUUGUGGAAGCCGCGAGUGGUCCUGGACAUCUUCCGAACAAUGUGGAGGCCCUGAUGUUUGCAGUUUUCAGCAUGUCAAUUGUCACCUUAACUGAAGACGAGUGCAUGGCGAUGCUUGGCUCCUCAUGCAAUGCUGCUUUCCGGAGAUUUUCGACCGGCGUCAGGCAAAGCUUGCUGCGCGCCGACUUUCUCAAAUCGCACGACAUAACCACUCUUCAGGCGCUCGUGCUUCACAUGAUGUCGAUCCAAGGCCGCUGUAACAUACACGGCGCUUGGAUCUUGAACGGCAUAUGCGUGCGGAUUGCGCAGAAAAUGGGUCUCCAUCGAGACGGAGAGCUUCUCGGCCUGCCCCCGUUCGAGACAGAGAUGAGGCGCCGCAUUUGGUGGCAAAUAUUCAUGCUCGACUGCAAGUUUUCCAUGAUUUCUGGGUUGAGCCAAUCACUGCUCCCUCGUCCGAGCGACUGCAAGCUCCCGAAAAACCUCAACGACGCAGACUUGCAUCCAGGGGCUACAGACAAGUAUCAGGAGCGUGAGGGUCCCACGGAGAUGGUGAUACCGCUUUUAGUCUUCCAGAUCGGGCAUUGCAUCCAGCAACAACCUGAUAUCGAAGCUCUGAUGCUGUACAACGAACUUAGUACCCUCAGCUCGGGACGUAAGAGCAAAGUUCAAUCGGCGCAAAUCAGCUCGUUCAUCAAACAACUCCAAGACCGGUUGAAUGGAGUUUUGGAGAAGAACUCCGACCCGUCUGCAGGCGCAGUGCACGAAUUCGCUUCGCUUUUGAAAGCCCUCAUUCUCCAGAAGGUCAAAGAAACCACACGCCCUCCUCAGGAACAGCCAGAGUGGGGAAGUGAGAUCUUAACCCCAAAAGACAAUCUCUUCAAGUGGUCAGUCAUGACUACUGAGCAGAACGUCAAUGCCUACAGAUCAAAUAAGCACCAAGGAUUUCAUUGGUUCCUGAAGCUUCUUUUCCAGUUCGACGUGGUAAUUUUCAUGGUCGGCCAAUUGAGUCAGCGGACUUCAGGAAAUCUAGUUGAGCGCGCUUGGCAACAGAUUCCGGCGGUUUAUGAGUAUCACCCGGAGUUCCUUGAUCCCUCGCAGGAGUACAACAUAGCACUCGCAAAAUUCGUAUUGAAAGCGUGGAAGGUGAGAGAAGACUGUCUCUGUGCCGAACAUGGUAUUCAGCCAGACGAACCCGCCUAUGUCACAAGAAUCCGCGAGAUCAUGGUGCCUCACUGGAGUAGGUCACGGGCUGGCACGGAACCUCCGUCUCAUCCCGAGGGAAGUCGUACUGCCGCAGACCAUCAUCAAUCAGAUCAUCCUCCAAUGGAACAUCUUUUUCAACGAUAUCUUGGUGCGGGGGCCUCGUCUUGGGACCCAUUGGCGAUGCCAGAUCAAGAGAUCAUCAAUCGCCAAUUGUCAUCGUUCGAAGGUCUUGACAUGACAACUCCAACAGGAUGGUAA